AUGGAAGGGGGCGGCGUGAGCCACCACCGCCCGGGGCUCGCGCUGCUGCUCUUCGGCACGGCGUGUCGUGCGUGCCGCCGGCUCGAAACCGUGCAGCGGGCUCAGCGGCGCGUUGCGAGGCAGAAGGGUCGCCGCUGGCUCGGAACGACGACGACGACGAUGAUGGGAAGAAACGGCGGCAGCAGCCGCAGCAGCGACAGCGUGGCCGGUGUGGACGAACUGACGCGCAGGCCGGCCAAGUUCAUACCCGACUACCUCGUGCCCAUGCCGUCGCACCUCCUGACGACGACACUGUCCGACCUCCUCGCGCCCAGUACAGCAGAAACGGCACCAUCAUCCUCUAAAGCAUCCUCAUCAUCAUCGUCACCACCAUGGCGCCCGCCCACCACCACCGCCGCCGUCCAGCAGCACCCCCCGCGUCCCCUCCCGCAGGGCCACCACCUCGUCUACUUUCCCAUCCAGACGGCCCCCUCGCUCCUCGCCCGCGGCGACGGCGCGGACCCAGACCACGUGCCGCCGCCGCCGGAUGGGGGCGCCACCCCGUUCGCACGCCGCAUGUGGGCCGGCGGCGAGGUGCUCUUCGCGCCCGGGUGGCGGAGGAGGCUGCUGCUCGACGGGCGGGCGUGGGCGUGCGAGGAGCGCGUCGAGAGCGUCGACGUAAAGGGCCCGCCUGGCGCGGAGAAGGUGUUUGUCGACGUGUGGCGGCGGUACGGCGUCGGCCAUCAUCGCAGUGGUGGCGGCGGCGGCGGCGGCGGCGCGCAGCAGCAGCAGCAGGAGGAGGAGGCCGAGGGCGAGGGUGCUGCCGCUGGAGAACGUGCGUGGGAUAUCCAGGAGCGGAGGACGUUGGUGUUUAUGCGCAACGACGAGGGCAAGACGGCGGCGGCGACGGCGGCGACGCCUCGCCGGCCGAUUAAAUUCCCCCAUCCCGCGACCUACGCCGUGUCCCUCACGCCCACGCCCACGCACCUCUUCCACUUCUCCGCGCUGACGUUCAACGCGCACGCCAUCCACCUGGACCCCGGGUACGCGCGACACACCGACGGCCACCGCGGGCUGCUGGUCCACGGGCCGCUCUCGCUCGCGCUGAUGCUGCGCGUGCUGGCCGAGCAGACUGGCGGCAGCGGUGGUGGUGGUGGUGACAUCAGGGGCAGUGGCGAUGGUGCUGGUGCUGAUGAUGCCAUCGGCAACGUGCGCCGCAUCGCGUACAGAAACUACGCGCCGCUGUACGCCGACGAGCCCAUGACGGUGUGCGUGCGCCGGCCCGCCGCCGCCGGCCCCGGCUCCUCCUCCUCCUCCUCCUCCUGGGACGUGUGGGUGGAGGGCCCGGAUGGGGGCCUGGCGGUCAAGGGCACGGCGGAGAUGGAGACGAUGGACUGA